AGCAGCCGGCCUUUCACGAAGUCACGAGGAAGGUCUAUAAAUACGUGGCAGGCAGGGCCAAGUUUGGCGCAAGGGUCUUCAAGGACGCGCCCCUUCGAGCCGGACUACAUGGCCCACGAGCCCAACAGUCAGGAAGGGUCCCCCGUCUCUUCCGCCCCUUCUUUUCAAGGUGUCCCCCCUGAAGAGACCAGCCCCCCGGCGGACCGAGCCUUCGAAGGCCCCGCCCACCCCCAGGCCCCAGAGGGGCCCGCGGUUUGCCCAGGCGCCUGCGCUGUCGAAGAAACCCAGGCGAGUCCAGAGGGGGCGUCUGGGCAGGUGGAGGACCUAGAAGAUGGUAGCCCGGAGGACGGAGGCAGCCAAUAUCUGCCGCUGACAGCGCGCAGGGCCCGCACUGUCUUCACCUCGGAACAGCUGGAGGUGCUGGAGGAAACCUUCCGACGAAAAAGCUACGUGGGAGCGGAGGAAAGAGGUAGCCUGGCUGCUUCUCUGAAUCUCACCGAGACCCAAGUGAGAAUCUGGUUCCAGAAUCGCAGGAGCAAGUUCAAACGACAACUACAAGAACAGUGGAAGAGUGUGCGGCGAUGUUAUCCCUUCUCUCCAGAACUUGACCAUGAGAGGCAAUGCAGACUCUUUGAGUUUGUCAUGUAUUCUGUCCUACCUCAAGAGACCAUUCUGCCUUUAACAUGGCCUCUGAGACCAAGUUUGGGCAUGCCAUCUGAUCCUCCUGAUAGUUUUUUUGAAGAGUAUCACCCUCCAACCGACCCACCCUUGCCUUGUUCUUCUCUGCCCUCUUCCCCAGAGCAUCCUGUUGAAUGCGAUGGACAUCUGGACAGUGAGCAAUCCUCUGCAACACCUGAACGGGAAGAGGGGGACAGUUAAGACAACAUUUUCUAUCAAGGAUUUGAUGACAGAAUACAAUGGUGAUUGGGGACAGCAUUUAGGGAAAUUUUAACAACUACCAUUAAAAUGUUUUUAAAUCAA